AAAUGGCCGGGGCGGGAGGUCCCCACAGUGCUAACUCUCCGUGUAAUUUGUCUAGAAGUUUAGAUAGAAUACUUGUAGAUGCUCAGGCAACAUGUGAAUUAAAACUAAGUGGUCGAAAGUUAAAGGAAUACCCGAAAGGUGCUUCGAAAUACAACCUAAGUGAUACGGUCUUAGCAGGUACGGAUGCGUGGAUAAGUGAGGUACUCAAGGAGACCGUAAGUUUUUGUUUAAAUUUCCCCAAGGGUCUUAGAAGUUCGUGAGUUUAUCAUCGAUUUUUAUGCAGUUUUUUUUUUUUGUUUCGGUUUGUUUUUAAUGGAAGGAGUAAUGGCGGGCGAGCGAAGGCGGAAGUUUAUUACGGUUAAUGUGUUUUGGUUUGCGUUUUUUUUUUUUUCUUUCUCUCUCUUUUUUCUCUUUUUUUAUGUUUGUGGAUUAGAAAGUAUGAGCCAUGUGGAUGGCAGGGAACAGAUAAAUAAUCCUUUCAGGUUUCGCAAAAUGAUUUGAGUGUGUGUGUGUUUGUGCGUAUGUUUGUACGUGUGUGUUUGUGUGUGUGUGCAUGUCGCGCGCACCCAUAAAAAAUAAUAAUAAUAAAAUUUUAAAAAUCGUGAAUUUGCAUGUAUGAAAUUGCACGUUAUACUGUACUCAUAUUAUGCAAAUGCCGUUAAAGAUAACAUUGACUCCAUGAAAUAGGGAGAAACGAAGCACGAUUUGCACGGCUAGGGAAGACCGCAACCGGACGAAGAAGGCGCCUGACUGCAAAGGCGGCUUCAUAUCCGACCCAAGUCCAGCCGGUGCCAUCUGCGCCUCUCCGGGCCUUUGAUCCGAGCGGCGCCGUCGAAAUCGCUCCCGUUGCGCCACGCUGCGUCGGGGCGUGACGGCCGAGGCUCUUAGCGGCGAGGCCUUUAUU